AUGGGAUCGUCGGCAAGUAAACCAUUAAAGGUUGUAAGUGUAGGGCGUGCUAAUGUAGCUGCACAGGGUAUAUAUGCUUUAUUUGGCCUAAAAGAUAAUAUUUUUCCUUACACAAUAUCUCUUCCCAGAAAAACCUCUGGCAGAGUUAUAUUGGACAUUAGACUAGAAAAAAUCAAUUAUGAAAUAAAUAGAAAACUAGAAAAGUCUCCAAUAAAAACAAAGAAAAAAAUAAAUAAUGCUUUAAAAGAUGAUCCAAGCGUAUUGGCGCAUAAAAAUGUGUCAAGCGGUAAAAAAUUAGAAACAGUGUACUAUAAUUCUAGAGACCAUGGAGAUCACCUAAUUUUAUGCAAAGAAAAUAUUUUUGAAAUUAAUAAUUGUUUGGAUGAACUUAACAAUUUGGUUCUCUUACAACUUUGUUGUAAUUACAUAAAUAGAAUUCCGCCUUCAAUUAAUAAGCUGCAAAAACUUAAUACAUUAAGUUUAGCAAGAAAUCAAUUACGAUACCUUCCUGAAGAAAUUUGCGAACUAAAAAAUUUAUCGCAUCUAGAUCUUUCAUACAAUUUUUUAACUGAACUUCCUCAAAAUAUUAAAAACCUAGAAUCCCUCAAUUCUUUACAUUUAGAACAUAACGUGUUUACUGAGAUGCCAAUAGAAAUUAGUAAAUUGAAAUCUCUCAGACAUUUAAAAUUCAAUAAUAAUCUUAUAAAAGAUGUUCCCUUACAAAUUCUUAGAAUGCCAUUUCUUAUAGAUUUUAAUGGGAUAACUACUACUUUUGUAUACGAAAAUAUUUUUAAAGAAGUAGGAAAACUUGAUCUAGUAGAAAUGUGUCUAAGAAAUAUUGUUAAGAAUACACUCUCUAUAUAUAAAAAAAUUGAUAGAUCUUUAAUUGAACAAUUAUUAAAUUUAGAAGAAUGCGGGUUUUGUGGUGGUCCAAUAUUUAAUGCUUAUUUUCUAGUUAAAACUAGUGAAUAUUUUGAAGCACAGUUGUAUCCCGUAAAAUACAAAAUUUGUAAAAAACAUUUUAGAAACCAAAAAAAUAGAAUUAGUGCACUUUUUAGCAAGACUCAUAAUACUAUUCCUUAUAAUAUUUUAGUAAAUCAUAAAAUUAGUGUGAAGGAUAUUUUUAAUCCAUCUAUAAAAAUAAAAAAACGGCAUAAAGUGCAUGGAUUUUUUUCUAAAAAAAUGCAUUUAUGGAGUCUUGCAAAGUUAAAUAAUUUGCACACAAAAAAAAAAUUAUUUAAAAAAAUUGAUCAGAUUUUUUUUGAAUAG